UCUACCACGCACUAGUCUACUUUUCCCUUCUUCAAACCCUUCUCUCUCUCUAACAAGUAGAGACAUGGCUUCGUGUUACUCUCUUAUCCUUUUGGCACUAACAGUUGUUGGUUGUGCUUCGGGCCAACUCUCGCCUGGAUUCUACAAUAGAGUGUGCCCUCAGGCACUGCCUACCAUUAGCAGAAUGGUGGCAGCAGCAGUGAGGAGCGAGGCUCGCAUGGGGGCCUCACUGCUCCGCCUUCACUUCCAUGAUUGCUUUGUAAAUGGCUGCGAUGCUUCUGUACUUCUGGACGAUAACGCGACUUUCACGGGAGAAAAGACAGCAAGGCCCAAUGCAAACUCAGUGAGAGGGUUUGAGGUCAUCGAUUCCAUCAAGACGGCCGUCGACCGGGCCUGCAGGGGGAGCGUGGUGUCCUGUGCCGACAUCCUAUCCGUCGCUGCUCGUGACUCCGUGGUUGCGGUGAGUGUGUCCCAUGGCUCGGGCCAUAUUCCUAAUUACUUAGAACCAUGGCUCUGCCCAGUGUUUGUAAAUUCGGCUGGUCCAACUUGGAACUCGCUGGUCAAUUUGAACUUGUCACUGACUGAAUAGGUUUUUGUGAUCCGGUCGGGUAUUU